UCACCAAUUGUUGAUGACGAUGGCAGACAACGCAGGUCAGUAGCUGAACGGUGGUACAGGCAGGGAGGAGUGCCUGCUAAGAUAAAAUAAUUUUCUCCGGUGACCUGCUCUCAAAAGACGGAAGACCAAUACAAUAAACGAAUGAAGCUAAGGUAGUGUGAAGAAACUCUGAACUAUUCGCGAAUUGACGCUGGUUCAGAAACGUCUCUAACAUUGUUUUGAAGGCCUGUUGCUAGCUACGAGAAUCCUCGGGCUAGCCCGGUAGACACCCGGCCGAGAGAGCGCAAGGGACCAGGACAGGGUCGCCGUAGACUGGUUUGAUCGACCAGGUUUAACUGAUGCUGGCUGCCCUGUCUUAUAAUCAAACCAAGACGUAACCUCUCCUUCUCCUCCGUGGCGGAUAUAAAUCAGCGUAACUCAGUUUGACAGCUAGCUAACAUUAGCUCUCCUGUGUUUACAAGCUAACUCAGCCCAGACCCUUUGAAGAAGUUGGACACUUGGGUAUAUUUGUUUCAGUUAGGAUUUUCACAUUUGGGUGCCACCACCUGCUUGCUAGCUGGUGGUGAUUUGUAACCUUGUUGUAGUUGUGUCCACGCCGACUAAAGGUCGCCAGCUAGGCAGCUAGAUUAAAAAGUGUCCUAGCUAAGGUUAUCGCACCUUCAAGCUUAUAUACUGCUGCCAAAAGUUUGUUACCUUAUUUGAAUAGAAGGAGUAGACUACUGGGUUGAUUAACACAACUAUCUUUAACCAGUUGAAAGACAGUAAUCCGGAUGAAGGCUCACAGAGAAGUGUGGAUUUUGAUGCUGUCAGGUUUUAGAGGUGUCACCUGUUAUUCUUGGCAUUAUUAAAUCUCACACCGGGAUCCAACAUCUGCUGCACCAGGACCAACUGAUCUGCUGUUUCGCUAUCUUGAGCUGAUUUGCUCAAGAAGGAUCCUCUUCAAAACAGAUCACAAUGAAUCGUUACCUGCCAGUGGCACGACAGCACUUUCUGGCUGCCCUUGCCAGCACCAGUGUGGUAGUGAAAAGUAUAAGUGCUGUGGUGGUACUCCUCUAUCUUUUGUCAUGGGCUGUCGACACUCCAUACGCACUGGGGAUCACCCCAGGCUACCUUUUUCCGCCCAACUUCUGGGUGUGGACACUGGUGACCCACGGGGUGGUAGAGCAGCAUGUCUGGGGUGUGGUGGCCAAUGUGGGGAUAGUUAUGGCCUGUGGGCGCCUGCUGGAGCCUCUGUGGGGCGCUCUGGAGCUCCUGAUCUUUUUCGCAGUGGUUAAUAUCUCUGCAGGCCUCCUGGCAGGCCUCUCCUACCUCCUCACCUAUGUUGCCACCUUCGACCUGGACUACCUGUUUGCUGUUCGUGCCUAUGGAGCAGCUGGGUUCCUGGGAGGUGUCCUGGUGGCGCUGAAGCAGACCAUGGGGGAUACUACAGUGCUCAGGGUGCCACAGGUGAGACUCAAAGCAGCACCGGCUUUGGUCCUCCUCCUCCUGGCCUUACUGCGCCUGGCAGGGCUGCUCGACAGCUCGGCCCCCCUGGCUGCAUACAGCUAUGGAGCCCUGUCCGGCUGGGUCUACCUGCGCUUCUACCAGAGGCACAGCCGGGGCCGUGGGGACAUGUCGGACCACUUUGCCUUCGCUAGUUUCUUUCCUGAGGCGCUGCAGCCGGCCGUGGGGCUGCUGGCGGGGCUGGUCCACUCCACCCUGGUGAAGGUGAAGGUGUGCAGGAAGAUGGUGAAGAGGUACGACGUGGGGGCGCCCUCCUCCAUCACUAUCAGCCUGCCAGGGACGGACCCACAAGAUGCAGAAAGGAGGAGACAACUGGCCCUCAAGGCUCUGAACGAGCGUCUGAAGCGUGUGGAGGACCAGUCCGCCUGGCCCAGCAUGGACGACGAAGAAGACGACGACGACGACGAGGUCAGGACCGACACGCAGCCGCUCCUCCCAGGCGGGCGUGACCCCUCCUCCACGCCGAGACCAGCAGGGGGACCGGUCGGCGGCUCUCUCUCCUCCACCUCCUCAUCCUCAAUGUCGCAGAGCAGCGGAGGGCCAUCCACAGGCGGAGCGCAACACCCAGAGUCCAGCAUUAUCAGCUUCGAGGAUGCACCUUCUAGAUCGUAACAAAUAGAACGCACGUGUACAGAAACGCACGCUCUGUUCGGUGUCACUGGAAGGUAUACUAGUGUAGUCAGCGUCCCUGACUAGUAUACAAAUAUGUUCAGUGACAGUGAGUAGGUAUACACUCGAUAUCACACACGCCAACACACACAACAUCUUUGACCAGUUCAUACACACAGACCGUGCGCUCACAAACACACUGUCAAUGUCAUGAUGAAGCCCAAAGGGGUGGUAACUGUAAAGUGCUUUCAGUUCAGACAUAUUGUUUGUAAAUGCUCAGUGUAUAUGGGCAAACUGGACAGUUAAUUCUUCUUCCUUCCUGCAUAUGACCAGAAACCAGAAAUUCUGUCUGGUUCUGGACAUGAUCCGAACUUGCAGUCCUCGGGCCACUGCUUCAUGUGUCUCUUUCUCUUGCUUUCUAAAUAAAUAACAAAAUGGGUGUACAAUAUUUUUUUUCUAAGUCUUUUUGGGAGCAGCCAUAGCUCUCUGAUAGCCUGCCUUGAGAAAGCUCGCAGUGACAGAGACGCACGCUGACUUGUUGAUUCUUGAUGAAAGGCCGACUCUAUGCACACCGGUUUGAUAAGCGCUUAAAAAAAAUGGCUGCAAGUGACAGUGGAUUAUGGUUAACUGGUUCUUGAUCAGAAACCAGGUGUGUAACGGAGGAAGUAUGACAAGCACGUUCUCGGCAGAGGUGCUGGACCAGAGGAAAGAAGCUGGUGCAGGUCUGUCCUGCUGAUAAACUUUGAUACAACACUUCCAAGAUUUGAAGAGGUGAAAAUAAUUUUUCCGGGCCAGGUUCAUUUGCCGCCUGGUGUCUCUCUGGAACAACAGGCAGAGAAAUGGACUGUGUACCCAUUUUUUAAUCCCCCGUAUGUCGUUCAGUUGAGAACAAUUCUGUAUUUUAUUUUUCUUCUAGGUCUGUUCAUGACUAAACAAAAUAAAAAAAAACAACAACAACCUUUUGUUUCUGUGCACUAACAAGACACGUUCAUGACGUUACACUCGCACACAGAUCUGGGGAUGAUGAUUAUGAUUCUUGUUUUACGAAUUAUGAGUUUAUUGUAUUUUUCAAUGUCAAGCCUACUCCUGGAGCAUCAUCCUGUACCAUUUUACACUUUCACCUUCUAUGAUCUGAAAUGAUACAAGAAUUAUACAAUAAUCUGGGUGCAUGUAAUACAGAGUGGUCACUGUCUGUCAUGGUUGUGUUAGUCAUUUGGUGCCAUUACAAAUGCAGACAAGGGUAGAGACUGGUUAUUCACAGACUGGGCAGGUAUUUUUAGAGUUGCCGAUUCAGAGUUUGUACCUGUGCUGUGUCAAACUCUGCUCUGAGUUGUCGAUCGCAGACUCAUAAAUGACUCCACAGGCAGCGGACACCUGCGCUGAUCAGUAAGCAGCCUGGCCAGGGUUUUCCCAGUCACAUCCUUUGCACUCGUAAAAUCUUUCAUUUCUGAAAAAAAAAAAAAAAACACAGUGCCAAGCAGAGCCAGUGGUGAAUCAUUUUCUUGGGAGGUUGAUGGGCAGCUAAAUUGUUUCAUUAAAAAAAAAAAACACUUCAUAAAUGCUAUGCAGUCAGUGAUUUAUACUUGUUGUAGACAGUCAUCGCUGUAGAUGUCGCAGUGUAUUAUGGUAAUGAAUCUUGAUCAAAUAAUUUGAAUUCCCAAUUUCCCUCCUGUCCUUGUUGAUUAAAGUCAGUUGCAGCCAAUACAUUAUUUCAGAUGUUGGCAUCACAGUGAUGACAAAUUGAUAAAUUAUUUUUAAACUUGUGAUCAAGAGGUUGAAAAUGUUUUUAUAUGAAAUGAGAAUUUCCAAAUAGUUGAGGUGAACCAUGCAGAAUUUGCAAUCUGGAAACUACACAAAAUGUAUGAAUUAAGUAAGUACAGAAAUGUGUUGUUACAUGUUUAAUUCAAAUAUAAAGUAGUUUUGUUUUUGAUAUGUAGUAAUCUGAUAUUUGUUUUCUGAAGACUAAUCUUGCAGUGGCCUUCCUGAUCAUUGUAUUUGUCACUUACUGAAUUGGCAUACAUUCAAAUUGAAAACAAAUCAAAUGUAACAAAAGAGGCCGUGGGUUAUUUAUGCCAUCUAUCGCCCUCUAUGAUUAACCAGUAGGAGAAAUGUCCUCCUGUGUCCGCCCAGGAGUAGUGGCCUGUGUUUUUUUUUUUUUUUUUUUUUUAUGGGAUUUUAGGAUUGGAUAUGUUCCAAAUCUGAGCACACAGCAAAGUAUGUUUACAGUUUUAUCAACAACCUUAUGUAAUACCCCAGGAAUGCUAUGUAAGAUUUAUAUUCAUAUGUGUUGGAAAUGGUGGAAUUUGUCAAAUGGAAAGAAAGAACAAAAUACAGAGUUAUGUAAAUCUGAUUCCUGAUCAGCUUAUGUUUUUCCCCGCGAGGUCCUGUGGAAACCUUCAGCUCACAGGCUCCAUCUCAAUGUCUGGACUUGGCUGACACAUUUUGAUAGUGUAGUUUUGAGGAAGAACAUCACAAGAUUUGCUUUUUGACAAAUGGUGCAGUGCGACUUGAUGUGUAAAGCUUUAGAAUAAGCGAUAAUGUCACCAGUUUAGGAACAGAUGCUCCUGGGAAAACAGGAUGAGAAAGAGUUGCUUUUCACCUGAUGGAAGGUGUUGUAUGGGAAGUAAUAAGCCAUAUUAGAGUGAUGAAAUUCUGUGUGUGCUAUCAUGUGUUGCUCCUUGUUCCUUCUGCUCAUUUCCCUGUGCUCUUGUUUUGGCAAGACAAUGUUUACCUUGUAUGAGUGGGGCCAUUCUUUAAUUAAAUAUGGAUGUGGUAUUUAAUCUAAAUUCAGCUUCAUAGUGCAGAAUAUAGAGCACCAGUUAAAUAUCUGAAAUCUCAAACUGCCAGUACGUACACUAAUUACAGAUUGUAACGACGCAAUCACAGUUUUAUGUUAUUCUCACAAUUUUAAUUGCAAGUUACUCUGGAAAUAGCAUAUCUUUUUUUUUUUUUUUUUUUUAAACUUAGCUAUUGGCACAACUCAGCUCGGAUGCCACAAUAAAAAUCAGCAAUGCAGCAAAACCCAUUUGAACAUGGAUGCCUGAAGAUAACUGUGAAGUUGUGUAAUUUGAGUGAGAAUGCGUAGGAAUGUCGUAGUUGGCACUCUGAGGUUUCAGAUUGAGCCUGGCCACACAGCCAAACCUCCACUCUCCAUCCCUGUUCCUUUUGUUUUUUCUGUAUUUACAUUUGUUCUGACUGUAAUCAUCCUCAAAGAGAAGAAAGGAAUGCAAUUGCGUGCUGUGUGUGUGAGUAAUUUACAGUUGGUGUUAACAAACUAGGAAAACUACAGGCGAGGGAAAUGCAUGAUGUCACUGGGUUGGUCAGUGGCCAAGCCUUUUUAGUCAAUGAACAGGUACUUAAUUGCUAGGAUUCCAGUGUGGCUACAUACAUGGUUCAUAAGUGUUUUGUCAUUAUUAAAGACCCACACCACAUUGUAAUUUCCCCUUGUGGGAUUAAUAAAGUAUACAUUACAUUACAUUACAUUACCACAGACAGGCCAGGUAGACUGUUAUUUAAACCUCAGCAGGUGCUUUCUCAGUUUUAACCAAACAGUUAGAUUUUCCCUGGUUGGUUUUCUGUCAAAGUGCAGAUUAAUGUCAAGUUUCUUACCAAUCUUUAUGUAAACUUGAAUAAAUGGGAUUUUAACGUAACCAGGGGGAAAACAAUUCUUUGUCAAUUAUACUUUUAAGUGAUUUAUUUGCUAGUCUUCGUUUGCAGGUACAAAUCGAUUACUACAGUAGCUAUCAUUGGAGGGCUAUGGUUUUAUUAUGUGUUAUAAGGUGUGGUCACGGAUUUUAGUAGCUUGACUUAUCUUUUAGCCAGGCAGGCAACAAAUCACGUUACAAUCUAAUUGUUUGGUAAAAUAGUGACUUUGGGGUAACACCUGUCUCCUGGACUCUAUGAAUGCUGUUUUCCUGCCCUAAAAUGAAUGACAGAUUACAGAUGAGGCUGAUCUGCAUCACCGCAAUGUUUUCCUUUAUUUAUUUAUUUUUUCUUUCUUAUCUGUCCCUACUUUUGCACCAUCAGAUCUUGUUCAUACUAAUGACAGUCUCUCUCUCUCUCUCUCUCUCUCUCUCUCUCUCUGCACUGUGGCUGUUGCACCGACUUUUCUGUUUUAGUUUUCAGAUAUAUUUCUUUAUCUCUAUAUGAAAUAAAAGACGAUUGUA